GAGGUCAAUGUGAAUGACAUUGAGGGGGGCAGGAGCCGGCCGGCAGGGACUGAUCCGACUGAUCCACGGGCGCAGAACGAUCGAUGCGAAAAUGUCGCACGGCAAUUUGCUGCAAGGAUACAACUGGGAAACUCAGUACGAUGAUCCGCAGGUGCAAUUCCCCCGUCCCAUUUCGGACGAAGUUAUCAGUGGUUUACGAACGAGUGAAAUGACUUUCAAGGAAGAAUGCGUGGACCUGGAUGCAACUGUAAAUUCCGAAGUGAUCAAUAUCGACGGCGCAGUCUCGAAACUCGUCGGCAAGGACGCGUUAAGGUACAAAAUUUUCGAACAAAGCGUCAGCGCGCCGGAUAAGAAUGUGGUGGUGUAUUCACAUCCUGUUGCUGAAGGACCUUUGCCUUCGACAACUCGGCUUAUCGAUAAGGAUGAUCCACGAUCCAGGCUGCAUUUUGUAAAAUAUCUGAAACGCGACGGGAAAACGCUCAAGAUCUGGGAAUGCGGCAUUUGUUCAAAAGAGUUUCGCCAUCAGUACACUCUGAUGAGACACUUGCCGACUCAUACUGACGAGAGAAACUUUAAAUGCGAGGCUUGCGGCAAGGCUUUCCGACAGUUGUCAACAUUGAGUCAGCACAAAGCUAUACAUAGCGACGCCAGGCCCUAUGUGUGCGAAUUUUGCAAGAAAACAUUUAACAGAGUAUCUACGUUAAUCUCCCAUCGGAAAACGCACUCGGAACACAAGCCGCAUAAGUGUCACGUGUGUGGUAAAGGAUUUCAUCAAAAGGGCAAUUUACGAAACCAUGUGUUCACGCACACAAAUGAACGGCCGUACAAGUGCGAGUUAUGCAGCAAGGGUUUCAAUCAGAUGUCGAAUUUGGUCUGUCACAAGGUGAAAGCGCACGCACACGCUGACAAGAUGCAGUAUUCGUGCGGAGUCUGCGGAAAGGAGUUUCCGCGCAGGUUUGCUUUGCGAUCGCACGAGGAGUACAAGCACGGUAUCAAGUACCGAAGCACGAACAACGCGCAAUCCGCUGUGAACGAGCCCAACACCGGGAAAAGCAAAAACGUUAGGAUUAUUCAGUUGUACAACGGCGAUCGAAAUCAAACAAGUGAGAGCAAAGAGAAGGAUUAUUUCGGCUCGUCGGAUUUGAUGGACAGCAUCGUGAUAAACAAAAUUGAUACGAAAGCGAUGGAAAUGGCAUUGCUCCAAGGCCAGAUUCCUUUCGCUCUUUACAAACCUGCGAAAGGUAUACCGGUACUCGUUAAGAUUUCAUCUACUGCGAAUAAUAAGCACAUUCUUACACCUGCGACUGCCGAAGAUUUGCGAAUAGCAGGAAAAAUAACUUUAAAUCCUGCCGAGAAUUCAGACACUGACGGUAAUAAAGCUGUUCAGGUGAAAGUACCGGUAGUUGCCACUGUGAUGCAGAAUAUCGAACCCGAUGGUAGAUCCAGCUUCAUCAUCGAGCCUCCCGGCGCGGAACAGGAGCAAGAUGAUCUGGUGACAGCGUUGGACUCGCAGUUCUCUCCGUCUGUGCUCAAUCGCAACGAGCCAGACCGGCAAAAUGGCCCGAGUUCAACUACGUCGAUGGACGAAUGUAAUGAGUUACUAGAACUGGCUGCGCAAGGUGGAAUACAGUUUGUUCGCGCCACGGAGGACGGUCGUUACGAGGUCAUGACGAACAGCGAGGCCCGCGACUUAAUGACGCAGAAUUCCCACGACGUAACGAUUCUUGACGGCGAACAGGCGGACGCCAUCAAUCUCGUGAAUAUACGCAAUAACGGCGACGUCAUCAUCGGCGACAACGAUAAUCAGAUCAUGGUGCUGGAAUCUGGCCAGAAGCCCAGCGGUAUGCCAAUGGACAGCAUCGAGAUGCUCGAAGAUAAAGACAUUAGAAUUCUCGACAGUAAAAGCCUCGACGAUCGUUUCGCGGAUGGCAUGGCAUUCCUUUCUCAGACCAAAAUCGACGAUCUCCUGCUGGGUCCCAAACCUCUGCCUAUCGAUGGCGAUGGUGCUCUUGUCGGGCAUGAAGAUGCAAUGGCCGUGACGUCGAGCCAGCCGGAUCUAACGAGCAUCUUGGGUCAUCCCUCGAACCUAUCGACUAGCUCGCAAUCCUCGUUAUCGUCUCUACUAAUGAAGAAUCAUCCACCAUUAUCAUUAUUUGGCGAAACACUACCGUACCUAAAGAGCAAUCAGAGUCUUACGGAAGAUCUAAAUAUUCUCGGUGUCUCCCCUAUGGAAGAUCAUCAUUCGGAAUACGACUCGAAGAUGAAAUUGUCCUCAGUCUUCGACGAUGACUGCGAUACCGGCUUAAUGUCUUUCGGUCAACCGGACAUGAAGAUGCUCGAUUCCGGAAGCCAGUGCAUGAAGCCUUUUAGUGACAAGUUUUGUUUGCCACCCCCGAAAAUAUAUCCCGGUCUAAACGAGGUGAAGAUUUUGGGACCGAAGAAUCACAAUCACGAGUUAGUAGUCCCGCACUAUCAAGAUACAAGAUUUCUCAGUCCUUACGAGCAGUUCCUCAAGAACGCCUAUGGGCAGAAUGUUUACGUACCUAAUAUCGUCGAUCCCGCAUUCGAGGGAUGUAGGAAAGAGGUAAAAAUACUCGGUAAGAAGCUCGGUACUGGCAUUAUCACUACGACCGAGGAAGGUGAUAUCGUCAAAGUUAUCGAUGAGAAAUCUAAAUUCGAAAACACGAUGUUCUGCGAUAAUAACUCUUUGCAGCAGUGUGCGACCGUGUCGCCGAGACUGCACCGGCAGCCGCCGAUGGAGAAUGAUGCGGAUAACUUUUUUCAAACCGGCAGCCCCUGUUCGGAUUUUCUGAAUUUCGGUAAUCGCUUCGCCGGCAAAGACAUGUCGCCCGACGGUCACAUUGAUAGAAGUCAGAAGGAUGAUCGCGGGGACAGUUUUACGUCUGGAGAAAUGUUGAAUCUGGAUUGACGAAGCGCGGCGGUAGAUAAAAUGGACUCUUACUUCUGGUAAUUACUCGUUUUUUUGUGUCGCUAUCUUCUGCGAUUCGCCUGGCAAAGUAUUAGUGCAUCGUCGCUUCGAUUCUGUUCGGUGCGUACAGAGAAGCGGAUAGGUAAUAUGUGAAUUAAAAAUAAUUAAAUUAUGCAACGAGAAGGUGCGUCUUGGCAAUUUUAUAGUUUUCCGUUCUACAAAAGAUUGCACCGACUUAAAUA